AUUCUAAGAUUAUACCUUUCUCAAACUCAAUAUAUUCAAGUUUUCAGGAAAUAAAUGUUUCCUGACAUUUACAGGUUUAUUAUUUUUACCCAAGACAGACACAGAGAUUGGUGGAAAAUGUGAUCCUGAAUUCAGUGAGACGUUUUGAUACGGACAGAGUGAUAUCACAUACAGUCCUCCACUAUCAGCUGCUAGAGUCAGUGAUACUAUCAGCAGGCCCCUCCCCAUGUCACUGUGGAGGUAAAAACCUGGUAGAGCCAGGUCAUCAUAGGUCUCAGCUAGCAGCCAGAUCAACCCUGCUCUCCGGCUGGUGAAAACCAAAGAAAAUUGACUCAGGUGACAUCAGCGUCUCCAUCAGAAAUGAGUGAGGAAAGAAGGGCACACGCAGAACUGACAUUUUUCCUUAGGAGUAAGAAAGACAAAAAACAGUCAGCUAAGAAAAAUGAAGAUAGUCAAUGGCACAUGACUGCUGUGAUCCUGGGAACAGUAUGUCUUUGUCUUACAAUGUCAAAUGCAGUCUUAGGAUAUGCAUUUUUUCAGUGCACUUCUAACUUCAAAUUUCAACAAGGAAAAGAUGCAAAUAAAAUUGCUGUCUCUUCAGUCAACGAAGCAGGUCCUUCAACUCUACUGCCAACUACAGAAAAAGGCUAUUACACAUGCCAAGGAAGAUGGUCAUGUUGUGGAGAGAACUGUUACUACUUUUCAGAAGAAGAAAAGACUUGGAGUGAGAGUGAGGCAUCCUGCAGAGUUCUGGGUUCUCACCUGGCUAAGAUUGACAACAGUGAGGAGCAGAACUUUAUUCAGUCACGAUUGAAUUACAGCUAUUGGGUUGGAUCACGUAAAAAUGAAAGACAAUUCCAGUGGGUGAACCAGAAGGACACUAAACUUUCUUCAGACUUGCAUUUUCUCACAACACAUUCAACAUCUGAAGAAUGUGGAUACCUCAAGCCCAUGUCCGUCAGCUCCAGUGUGUGUAGUCGACAUUUCCGUUACAUUUGUGAAAAGAACUUUCCCUUCCUUGUUACUUCAAAGAACUGAUAAAAUCAUAUUUUUCUGUUUUUUUCCUUAACUGCUAUUAGUAAAAUAAAAUCAAAGAGCUUAGAAUCUUGACCCAAAUCAGUAAACUUCUCAUGAUUUAGAAAGCCUUAUUCUCUUGAAAUGAUAAAGCAAAGAUUUUUAGGCAGAAAAUUAAAUAAACUCAAGAAGUACAUAUGUACAAUAUAUAUACAAAAUAUAUAUUAUGUACACAAUAUUAUAUAUAUGGCAAAAUGGCAAAAAUCAAUAAACUGAAAAAGAGGAAACACUUUUUUUUGAGUGAAACACCUUGUAUCUAUUUCUCCUACUCAUCUAGGCAAAUUUAGUUCAGUGGAUGAGUGAUAGAUUUGCAUUGUUUAAAAUACAAAAGAAAGAAAAAUUGAACUGUAAAAUCACUUAUUCUUUCCUUGGUUUCCAAUAACUGUCCGACUCAAACAACUAGAUUAUGGAUAUCAUUUAGCAUAUUCCUAGCUAACUUUUAUAUCUUGAAUUAACACAUGUAUAUAAAUCUGUGUAUCACCACAUGGCAGUGGCUUACCGGGUAAAAUUCUAGGACAUCUGUCUCUUCCAGCAACUACAUGACUUCUCACUGACUCCACCUAAUAUAAAGAUAUAUAAUUUUCCAGCAUGACUAUAUUCUGCCCUGCUAUAGGCUAACACAGCUUCUUUAUUAGCCAAAGGGAUACACAGGAGAAUCCUACAUCAAAAUACUCCUUACUGGUUUUGGUGGCAAACCUCAAGAUCCUGCCUUAAAAUUCCCUUAAAUUAUAUGAUAUAUAUAUUCAUCUGAAUAUCUUUUCAUCCAUUCUUAUCUCAUCUGCCCAUGAUGCCCCAUUCCCCUGUUGGACAGGGAACUCAUAUGUAAACUUCAGACCUCAAAAGGAAAGCAAAUUUUACUAAUCCACCCCUGAGUGCUUGGAUCUUAUCCCCAGUGGUUUGUGAUGCCUUACACAGACACUCAAUACUUAAUUCCUCAGGGUGUAAGUCACUCAGCUCCAAAUGGUCAUUCUGAAGAUGUGCUGUCAGGGCUAUAAUGUUUCUUACUUAUUAAGACUGAAGGAUAUCUACUUAUCUACCCAUAUGUAAAUCCACAGAAAGAGAUAAUUGGUGGAUGUGUAGUCUCUGGAGCAUAUUUCUGUGAUGACUCUUUUUAUCAUCUGUUCUAAAUUAGUAAGUACUUUACCUCUUUUACCUUUGGCUUCUCAGAGACUAAACUGGAAUUUAUGCUUUGAUUUUUGGUCCUUUUGUUUCUAUAUUUUCUGAGUGACAGAUCAUAAGUUCAAAUUGUAAUCAAGGAAUAAAGUUCAUUUUCUGAACCUUUAUCAGAUAGCCACUUACUGUUGGGUGGAGCAUAGUCAUCCCAAAUGGUUUGACUUCUGCUUUCCACUAAGCCACAGACAUGCCAUCUUUCUUUUGCUGCAUGUCCUUGAAUGCUAUAUUUUUUCAGGACUGAGAUAUUUAAGAAAAUAUGUAGCUCUGGCUGAGUUUGAACUCACAGAGUUUCAUCUACCUUUGUCUUCUGAGAGCUGGGAUUUAAAGACGUACACCACCAUGCCAAGCUUUGAACACAAUUUUAUGACAGAGAGAAGCACAUCUUCUUGAUGAUGAGGCUGCAUUUCACACUUUAGUUCAAGCUAUAAACAUAUAGUAGGAACCACCCAAAAGAAGAACCAUUGCCCACUGUCACAGGAGGGAAAAGAACACUCUUUUAGCUUCACUCUUUAGGAAUCUUUCCUACCACUUGCUACUGUAGCCAUUUUCCUUUUGUCAACAAACAAUGCAUUCCUCUCUGCAGGACCUCUGUAUUCAGUGAUCAUUCUGCAUUCAGUAAUGCCUCAAUCAUAACCAUUGCUAAGUAUCCUUCUCUGCAAGUACUUAGCUAUUUACUCAUAGGACUUCCCUAGCAUCGUUAACAAACAUCAGUCUAACACUGUCCCCUAAACACCCCACUCUGCAGUCUCUGGCCCUUUGACUUUCUUUUUAUGGAGGAUGUUCUUCAUUACUAUAUACUAUUCAUGCAGUGUUGCUUAUUUUCACUCAGAAAAUUUCUUCAACCUCAAGGACUUUCCUUAGUCAUUUUAUUAAAUGUCAUGUUUCAAGCUCAAAGUAUUAGCAGAGUGUUGGAUGAUUUAUAAAGCAAAUUGAGCAGAACAAUUUAUACUGUGUCAGUGUCCUUGAGUGAAAAACAACCCACUCUGUCUGUGCCUCUCUGUGUGUUUAAAUUGUUAUUUGAAAAGUGCAUCCUCAGUGCAGUUCUGAAGUUUUAUUCUAAUAUUUUGUUCAUUAGUGUGUACAGAGACUGCUGUACUUUUAAGGUUCCUUUAUUUCUCAUUUGUAUUAGUUUGAUACAUAUCAAUAAAGCUUUUUAAUCUUAAGGAACAAGUUUCUUGCAUUUCUUCUCCAAACAGAAUAUCA